AUGUUCCUACAAUUGCCCAGUGCACCUACAGUAUUCGCUCGUGAUUAUCAAGGAGCGCAGUUGAUGAUAUUCAGAGAUUAUCUGAGGUAUACUGAGAACGAAGGUUUGUCUCAUUCUGGUUCUGUUGGAGUCCCGCUGGAUGUAUCCAGCCCUCCGAUCCUGACCCUAGUCCUAACCCCGAUGAUAGAAGUAUCGUCCAGCAUAAAAAGGAGUAAGGGUUCUACAUGUAGUCGCCCUGCACUCACGACCUCAGUCCUAACUCACGCUACGCUCCUACCACCAACGAAACGAAACGCCUCUUCUUCUUCUUUGCACCACAUGGUACGAGCCAAGACGAAGACCUUUGCUAGUCCCCGAAAUCCCUCUCCAACUACUGCGAACAACUUCAUUCUUCCGGAUUUGUUAUCACACUGCCGUUUUCCCCUCAUUUACCAUCCCAAGGGGGAUGCCGUGGCCGCGGAGUCUGUCCGUUGGCUCGACACUCACUGCCCUGAUUUGAGGGAAAAACGCAGGCGAGCUCUAUACGGCCUACGAGCAGGAGAACUGACUGCAUUCUGCUACAACACCGCGUCCGAUGAACGCCUCAGAAUAAUAUCCGAUUUCAUGAACUAUCUCUUCCACUUGGACAAUAUCAGCGAUGGGAUGAUGACCAACGAUACUGAGGCUCUAUCCGACGCUGUCAUGAAUGCCUUGCAGUUCACCGACUCGAAGUUUUAUUGUCCUACCGCUGAGCUUAAUUAUGUGCGGCUCGAAGACGAACUGAACGCAGCGAAAUUAGCCAGAGACCCUUCUCCGACAUGCAGCUUCUGGGGUCGUUGUAUACGCGGAGCCAGUUCUGGCUGCCAAUCCCGGUUCAAAGAUAAUCUUGGACUUUUCUUCCAGGCUGUCAGCAAUCAAACUAAAUCUCGCGAUGCUGGAGUUAUCCCUGAUCUAGAGUCAUACAUCGAGAUACGAAGGAAUACUUCUGGUUGCAAGCCUUGUUGGGCUCUCAUAGAAUAUGCUCUCGACAUCGACCUUCCAGAUUUCGUGGUUGAAGACCCUAUCAUCAUAGCUCUGAACCAAACGACUAAUGAUCUUGUUACUUGGUCUAACGAUAUCUUCUCUUACAAUGUUGAGCAAUCUCGAGGUGACACGCACAACAUGAUCGUUAUCCUCAUGAAGCAUCAUGGACACACCCUUCAGGGUGCGGUUGAUUACGUCGGGAAUCUCUGCUACCAGACCAUUGAAUAUUUCAACGCGAAUAGGUCCAAGUUACCAUUCUGGGGAGCUGAAGUUGAUGAUAUGGUGCAGCGCUACGUGCAAGGCUUGCAGGACUGGAUCAUUGGGUAUGUGUCUCUAUUGGAGUCUCUCCCUCGUGGUGCACCAUUCACAGAACGCAAAUCUGACACAGGCUGUGCCCUUCAACCACCUAUCUCGAGUGCCUUUGGUGGCACGUACACAGCUGCGACUUACAACUCUGGUUUGCAGAAUAUUUCUAUCACGUUUGACUUCACCGGUACUGCCAUUUACGUCUACUUCAUCCUCGCAAACAAUCCUGCUCCUGGGAUUACCGCCACCACCGCCGCCAACUUCACUCUUGAUGGCUCUCUGGUCGGCACGUUUAAUCACUCACCCAAUACUAGUACUAGUGCUCCAGAUUUUCAAUUCAACCAGAGUGCGCUGGCGUUCUCCAAGGAUGGCUUGAAAAAUAUCACGCAUCAGAUGGUCAUUAGCACGUCGGGUCUGAGCGAGGAUGUUUGGGUAAAUUUUGACUAUGCUCUCUACACCUUCCAGGACGCUACAACGAUUUCCUCGUCAGAAUCUCUCUCUUCAUCCUCCACGAACAAUCUUCCAUCAGCUACAGCUUCUACUUCUUCCAAUAUAGGGAUAUCAUCCUCACAAUCUACAGAUGCGAUGCGCAUCGGCGUUAUUAUCGGGGGAGCAAUUGGUGGAUUAGUCGUACUUGGUGCAUUAAUAACAAUGCUGUGCAUCUGCCAUAAACGACGUAGGAGACGGAAUCAACAGGGACGAGCCAAUAUCCAUGUUAUUAACGAUCUCGAAUCUGGUUCCAAAGGUUCUGUCGUUGUAGAGCGCAAUAAACUCGAUCCGCUCAAACGACCCACUACGUCUCUUUCUACUUUGGACUUAAGUUCAGAAACUCAGCACCAAAAUGCUUUCGGGUCAUUGUUCUCGGUUCACAAGACUGAGAUACCCUCAGAGACUGGACUUGCGCUUGCCUCAUUCAUGAACGACGGUAUUGACUCCGCAUCAAGACGACACAGCCAUUGUAUCGAGAACAACGAUAUUUCUACUUCUGCCCCUGAGUACCAAUAUCGAUCUGUGAUAUCCACGUUACCCUCUGGGCGAACUGUUAUGGCCCCUGGCACAACGCAAGACUUCCUCACUACUCCUCUCUCUUCCUCCGGAAAUCUCACCGGGUCUACUUUCUCCAAGUUAACUUCUGCAACUCGAGUCGUUCCGACAGGCAAUGCAGCAUCUGAGAAAUACAAACUACGCCGUAUGCGACAACAGGAACUCGAGCAACAGAUGCGAGCGAUCAACGAGGAAAUUGAAGAGCUCAAGAACGAGGCUGCAGAGCGUUCAGACCCUACUUCGACUGGCUUAAUGUCUCGAACUAGCGUCCGAAAGAAGAAAUCCAUCAGAAAAGGGAGAAACACUGAUGAGAAUACGGACUCUGUCGCGCAGCUGAAAGCACAAAUUCGGGAGAUGUCAGAGGAGAUUUUAUCAUUGCAGUCUCAACAAAACUCGGCCUGGGCACAGGGCCUCAGCGACGAACCGCCGCCGGGAUAUUCUCCUCGCCUUGUGGUUGCAAACAUCAACUCGGAUGAAUAA